CACCCCUCUUCAUGAUUUCCUCACCAUAGGGCACCCAAGGCUAUGAUCGAUAGUUAAAGUUGUAGUUACACAGCUUCAACUGGCAGCAUAUUCCUGCUACAGCGCUACAUUGCGAUAUUGUAGAGAUCUUGCAACGAACAUUGAAAAUGGCAGACCCUUUGAGCACUACACUGGCCGUUGUUACGGCUGCCAUUCAGUCGGCGAAGUCUCUUCACGAAACUGUCAAAAGGUUCAAAGAUCGCCACAAGACUUUAAGUAGGCUUCAACAGGAGCUUGAUGAUCUCACGAAUAUUUUGGAAUCUCUAACACAAGUGAUUAAUGCUGAGACGUCGGUGAUGAAGCUUCUUCAAGGCCCUAUUGAUCGAUGCACCAAAGUAUGUAGCGAGUUUGAACAAUCGAUGAAGGUGUUCAAUGAAAAAUCAAAGACAGGCUUCCGAGACUGGACGAAGAUGGAAUUCAUGAGAGGCGACAUCAAUGAAUUUAUAGACACCAUUGCAGGGUAUAAAUCAACGAUAAUGGUCGGCCUAGGCACUAUUACUAUGAAUACUUCUAGAGUUUCCCACCAGGUUAUUCAGGAGUACAAUGAGAUGAUCCAGGAUACGGUAUAUAACCUCGAGUUUCACUUGGAGCGAAUCAAUGAAAAAAUGGAGAGAUUUGCCCCUUCAAAUACGAAUACCUUAGCCACUAGCAUCAACCUAGAUGAUGAGAGAGCAGUAACCGAGCAAUGUCUUUUAAUCUGUGAAGACGCAAAGGCGCGUAUCGAAUCCCUGGCACAUCGAGAAUCAAUCCUAUUACAAGAAGCGUCUCAAAACACUAUCGAGGAUGACAUGCGGGACUUUAAAGCAAAGCUGCUAAGUCGACAAACUCUGGAUGGAACUCGAGACAGCCUUGCGGAAACCAUCGGCCGCCUUCGGGAACGCUUGGAGUCCCUACUGAAGGAAGACCCUAAUAACAGCGAUGAUAGAAUACGCCUACAAAACGAAAUCAACAUUUCGAAGCAGUGCUUAGACGUAUGCAAAGUGGCUAGCGAAGUUUCACAUCAAAAGAUAUACAGAAUUGGAGAGGUGAUUGCCGAUGGUGAAAGCGAUCAAGUAGUAGUAACGACUUUAGCGGAUCUAUUUGAUGUUAAGAAAGCAGUGUCUAAAGGCAAUUCAGCGCAACUAGUUGGCUCAAUGACGGCAGAGAGUCUUCGGGAUUUGACUGAUAAGCGCUAUAGCAGCCGUUUUGGAGCUGUAAAAGCCACUGACUCCGUUCGCAAUUCCAGCUCGCUUUCUGUCAUCGACACUCAAAAGAGUAAGCAUUCUUUUCCGAAUCAAACGGAUUAUGACGAGCAGCCGCCGGGACCGGAAGGAAGACGAAAUAGGCCAUCUCCCAAUGAGAUGAGAAAACGACAGGGCUAAGGGUAAACCAUGGAAAGAACAGUCAUUGAAGGGCGUACAUCGAGAUCAUGGCUCUGCGAAGGCGUUCUUUGCUACUACGGGUUUUCAGGUGCACUGAGGCAAGACCAGGGAGAUCCGUUGGGCGGAGUUAUGCAGCGUGGAAGGGGUGGAAGGACCAAGCGUCUCACGGUGAGCGCAGCAGGUGCGAGAGUACUGGGAGGGAGGCGUAGUUGGAGGAGAGAGUAGAUUAUAAAUUAUAUCUUUUAUCAUUUUGGGUGGAAAUAUAAUAGUGCUUUUUUAAUUAUACUCGGAUUAUUUCACGAAAUAUAAUAUAAUCGGG